CAAAAAUCAACAUUUGUGCAUGUGAAUUAUUAUUUUUUUUUAUAGGAUUUUAUUUGUUUGUUGAGACUUGACAACUUUCAACAAAGGAAAGUUCCUGGACAAAAUUGAUGUUUCGGUGUACUAUCCAAGUGGAAAGAAGACUGCUCUUAUACAGAAUGAGACUCAUCAGAAAAUCUGCAAGGCAUUGAUCCGUUGCACAAAUGUUGAUAGUACCAUUGUGGAAACCAUGUGUUUGUCUAAUCCAAUGUGCAUUAUAACUGGAGCAGCAAAGAUUGUUAAAUCGGAGAGUGUGAACAUCUGCAAGCGGGGAUCUGGAUGUCCAUUACAGAAGAAAGACUAUGGGGACUUCUUCAACUUCAGCUGGGAUCACAUUCAGGAAUACCUCCAGGAGCAUUGCCCUGCUCUUCUGUCUAUUAUCACUGCUACAGUUUGUGAUUUGACACCUAGUGUUUCUAGUAAACCAUACCAGCAUAUAAUUCUCACAGCCUGUAUUGGAUUGCAUGGUAGAAGCCAAGAUAUGUCUUUGGUACAAUAUGUUGUUGGCUUCAUUCUAAAACAUGGUGGAUGUACGGAACGGGAUAUUGAAAGGUUGUCCAAGAUUGGACUGAGUGUACAUCCCACAACUCUCCACAGGAAGCUGGUGAACUGGCAGAAUAUUCUUGAUACCGAUAUCCUAAAGGCUAGGGAUUCCUGGGCAAAUGGUGGACAUUCUACUUAUCAGAUCAUCGGGGAUAAUUGGGACAAGGAUAUAUUGCCUUCCUACAGGACACCUGACAGAAAAACAAUAUCACUGCAUUUAUUCAAUAUGUAUGCAAUUCUUGACAGAGUGGUGUUUGCCCCUGAAAACCAUGAUAGCCAGACUGAUAACAUUGAACCUUCAAAGUUUAUUCCAUCGGUGGCUGAGCAAAGGCAACUUAUGAAGGAGUUGUGCUUUCUUAUCUCAACAUCCAUUAUAGAAAAUCAUCCCCAAAUGAAUGAUCUUCUCGUAAAAGUGUACCCAAAACACUUGGAACAUACAUAUUCAAGAUAUGCAGGGGAGAAAACUUCACAGUAUCCUUUAGGACUACGGGACUGUAAUGAAAACAAGACGCAAGAUGUGAUUCAUCUUUUGAAGGAUUUGUCAAAGUUAUACGUCCCUUGCAAAGAUGACACAAUUGUAGAAGCAGUGUUUUUUGGAGGAGAUCGCUUGACAGAUGAAAGAGUACAAUCAGCACAGGAAGCAAUGAAGAAUGCUGAUACUCCAUUGGAGAGAUUAGAGGGGUUCAUAUCAAAAAUAGAAGAUUUCCAUCGCAUGAUGAACUUCUUAGAGGCAAUUCAUAAACUGACUUACAAUUCCCAAAGUGGCUCAGACAGAUGUACUGCUUACUACUUCCGUAAUCUUUUAAACUUGAGAAAUGUCAAGGGGAAAGUGUGCAAUUCAUUUCGAGCAUACAAGAUGUUAUAUUAUGUUAUUUUGGAUGCAAUCUGUUUAGUAAUGUUCCUAGCAAUAAUGAAUUCUGAAAGUGUUGAUGAAGAAAUUCAGAUUCCAGAAGAUUUUGACGACAAGACAGAUGUAGAGAAGACUGAAUGGAUAGAAGGUAUAAGUAGUCAGAUAUUGAAGAAAUGGUUUUUUGAAGAGUCAGAUGAUAUUUGUGAAAAUUUAAGGGAGAUAAUUUCAAACCCAGAUCAUCCCGAUAAUUACUGGAUCUCAAAUCUGCAAGAGGAUGGUCGUUUCAAAUGCCAUCACUGUGACAAGACAUACAAGUACAGCAAUACCCUACAAUAUCAUGAAAAAAAAUAUCAUGACGUCAACAUUGAAAAACCAAAGCCUAAGCAAAGAAAAAGAGACAAAGACGAAGUAAAUGAGUACAUAGUUAUGUUAUUUCGGUUGACACUUUUACUUAAAAAUUUAGAUUCAGGAAUUGAUAUGGGUGAUGGACAAAGAGUCGUGCGCUCAGCCAAAUAUGAGCUUCCAAUAUAUAAUCUGACCAACAAGGUAAAAUACAUGAUUGGGUCUAUUCAUUUAACAGCCCUUACAUCAGGUAUUCUUCCAGAACACCAGAAAAAUCGACUCAUUGCAAACAGAUUUGUCAAUGUACAAGGUGGAAAAAACAAUAAUAUUUCAUUAGAUGAAUAUUUAGAAAUGCUUAAUAGGGACAGUAAAGUUGUUGCAUCAGGGCAUCAAACAAAAGACAGCAUACUGCAGAACUCAAAAAAUUAUCCUCAUUUAGUGAAUAUCAAGGAUCAUUUUGAGGAAGUAAGUGGAAUAAGGAAAAGAAAGGGAUUUCAUCAUUUGCCGUCAUACAAGACAGAUGUUCUAAAGGUUGUUAAAGAAUUGACUGAUCAGAAUGUCUUGACAGUAAACCGCCAGCGGAGAUUGGAUUGCAAAUCUUUAAAUCCAGAUCGAGAUCUUUAUUCCUCAGCAUACAAGGGACUUUGUACCAUGAUCCAUCGCCAUAAACCAUCUGCUCCAUUCAGGCGCUUGAGGGACCCACACAUAUGAAUACUGGUAGUGGUACUAGACAUGAAAAUCAUGCCAGA